UCACAUCUAUCACUCUCACCAUCACCACACCAUCAUCAGCCCCCUCUACCACGAGUGAUCCAGAAUGCAUUCAAAAACCAUCUCAGCAAUCCUGGAGCACAGGACCACCAGGCCUCCACCCUCUGGUUUGUCACCCUCUGCGCACUCUGGUACAGCUCAUCGGCACUCUCCUCCAACUCCGGAAAGGUCAUCCUCACCAGAUUCAGAUUCCCAGUCACUCUCACCAUCGUCCAGUUCGCAUUCGUCGCCCUCUGGUCCGGCCUCUGUCUCGCCCUCCGCCACCAUUCCCUCCAUCCCUCCACACUCGCCCUUAGCAGCAGUAAUCAUCGCCACCAUCAUGGCACAACCCUCCUCAUCCAAACACUCGGUAUCAGGAUCCCUAACCGGACUACUAUCAGAGGCACUUGCAUCAUGAGCUUGUUCUCCAUCGCUGGCCACGUCUUCAGCUCCAUGGCUAUCUCCAGAGUCCCCGUUAGUACGGUCCAUACUAUCAAGGCACUCUCACCAUUAUUCACAGUGAUCGCUUAUACUGGAUUAUUCGGAGUACGAUAUGGAUUCAACACCUAUCUCUCACUCUUACCAUUGACCUUAGGGGUCAUGUUAGCAUGUUCAUUUGACAUGCGAGCCAACGGGGUCGGCUUUCUAUGUGCCCUAGGAUCCACCAUCAUCUUUGUCUCUCAGAACAUCUUUGGGAAGAAGCUAUUGCCAAAAGAAAAUAAUAAUAAUGGUAGUGUUGGUGGGGAGAAGGGACACAAACGACAAUCAUCGAUCUCCUCCUCCGGAGCGGCUCAGAUGGAUAAAUUGAAUCUGUUGUUCUAUUCCUCUGCGAUCGCCUUCCUGAUGAUGAUCCCGAUCUGGAUCUACACCGACCUGGGUGCCCUAUGGACUCGUGAUUCGAUCGGAGAGGGCAAGGUAGACGAGCGAGCUAGGAUGGGCCUCACGAGCUACUUCAUCUUCAACGGCACCGUCCAUUUUGCACAAUGCAUCCUCGCCUUCUCGCUCCUCUCGCGCACCUCGCCGGUGACCUACUCGAUCGCCUCGCUCAUCAAACGGGUCGCGGUGAUCUGCAUCGCCAUCCUCUGGUUCGGCCAGCCCGUCUCUGCCGUCCAAGCCUUCGGAAUGCUGCUCACCUUCGUCGGCCUCUUCAUCUAUAAUCACGCCAAGGCCGAGAUCGAUCGGGGCGAGAAACGAAGAGGGAUCAUCGAACGCAGACAGGAGGUCCUGCUCCCCUCGACUAACUCGGACCUCGAAUUACUCCCCGAAGAAGAGGAAGAAGAAGAAGGAGUAGCGAGCGAGCACAAGAACUUUGUCCCUUCCCAUCUCACCAACGACCUUCAUAAGCCUUCCAUCCUCCCCUCAACCGCCCGUUCCGUAGAGAAUCCUUGAAUCACACGUGUGU